AUGAAAAUCAUUGGGAAAUGGUUGUCAAUCGGAAUAUUUGUCAUUGCUGUGCAAGUGUCAAAUUGUGAUCAUUUAUCGGAGAAUUUUGAUGCGGCUGAAGAAGCUCUUCUGACCGAUCCUCCAUCUAUUCUGACUCCAUCUAUUCCGACUCCAUCUAUUCCGACUCCAUCUAUUCCGACUUCAUCUAUUCUGACUCCAUCUAUUCUGACUCCAUCUAUUCCGACUCCAUCUAUUCCGACUCCAUCAAGAACUUCCAGAGCUCUUGAGAACGAUCCAUUUCCGAUUCCAACCUCCCUUGAGGAUUUCGAGAAAUUGCAGAAAUUGGAAAUUUCUUCUGAUUUCCCAACACCAAAACCAUUGAUGAUUUCGGGUGAAAUUACUGAAGUGCCUUUCACAAAAAAGACUGAGAAAAUGGUGAAUUUCCCCGCAGUCACUCAUUCACCGAUACAAAAUUUCAGAACGAAAAGUUUAUUUUCAAAACAACCCUCUUUCCCCUCUUCAUCACUCACAACAACGACAACGAGAAGAACAAUGACAACGAGAAGGAUAAUGACAACAACAGAACAGACUUGUCCCGAACACGAGAAAUGGUAUCGAUGUCAGCCAUGUGAUUUGUGCACCCAAUUUUUCGAUACGAUAUGCGAAAAGAAAUGCACUCCAGGUUGUGGAUGUCAGAGGUUCUAUCGACGUAAAAAUGGACAAUGCAUUCGAGUACAAGAGUGCGGCUUCAUGAAAAGAAGUGAUUUGAUGACAAAAAAAAUUGAAAUGACAACAGCAAUGACAACGAUUGGCGAGGGGAAUAGAAUGAAAUCUCUCCCUCUACUUAUGAAGAAACUGGUCGAGAAUCAAAAGAAUUUUGUUAGAAUGUCAAAUAUGGAAAGAGGAAAAGAAAUGCAGCACACGACUCCGAUGCCGAGAACGAAAAUCUUCGAGAUUCAGCACCCAAAUCUCACCACACAAAAAUCGCCCAUAACAACAAAAAUCACAAUUCCUUUGAAAACCGAAACCCAAAAGAAUCGCUUGACUGGAAAUUCUCGAGUGUUAAAAGGGUUUUCCCGAUUCGGCGACCUACAGCAACCCAGAAAGUCGACAAAGCGG